AUGUCAGAUGAUGAAACAGAUGAAGGCUAUAAUGAAUUUAUAAAGAAUAUAAUUAAGGUAGAUGAUAAUGCAGAUGAGGUAGAUAAGUUCUGGUAUGGGUUAUUGCUUAAAGGUGAAGACUCAAUAGUGGAUUAUUACUCAAAGAUAAAGAGAUGUAAUGAUGUUAUUAAGCUCUGUAAAAAUUAUCUUAGAGAAUUAUUUCAUAAAGGAUUGUUAUCAGAAAGUCAAAGAUAUAUCGCAAGAUUUGGAUGUUAUUAUAGUUAUGAUCUUGAUUCUGAUAAAAUAGUAGAAAUGCUUAUUCAAGUUGAAAAGAAAAAUACGUCUGAUUUUAUUACUGCAUUUAGUGAUUAUCUUAGACAGACCCUUUAUAGCGGGAUAAAAAUGGUCCAGGUGUAUUAA